AUGUCUUAACAUAUUUAAGCAUCUGUUUAAUUCAGUUUUCCAAAGGCUUCUAGAUUUCAAAGAAUCCGCACACCUUGUCAAACAGACUAUUAUGAACCAAAUUAUUUUCGCAGCACCAGGGCAUCAGGAUUUGGCUAUGGCAAAAAGUUUGAUUUCACCAAAAUUCAUUUCUACACAGAGACCUAUUAUGAUCCUACCAGCUCUUUUACUAAUCACAAGGGGACAAGUUUUGGAUUAGGACGAGAUCUUGUUAAAUAUCGAACAUACUAUCAAGGGAAUCGCGUACCAGGCCCUGGGGCUUACAAUAAAAGUUCUAAUAAGACAGUCGGUUUUAAAAUUGGUGAAAAGUUAAGCAAAACCUAACAUGCAUCAGAAAUGCCUGGUCCUGGGACUUAUGAUCCAAAUUUAUACAAACAGAGAAGUAUAUCCAUCAACAAAAAGCCUGAAAGAUUUUCAACUGAUUCAACUUUCAACCCUGGCCCAGGAGAAUACUUCGCCUAAUCAAAAUCCUGCUAAUCUAAGGGGAAGUUCGGAAAUGCUCAAAGAAAAUGUUUUAUUGAUGAAGCAGUUAGAGCUGCAGAGAAAAGUGGAGUACCAGGCCCAGGGAAUUAUGACAAUUUCACUCAGUUUGUGUAGCUAGAAAAAUCACAUAAGCGUCCUUCUACUGCCAAAAACUGA